UCUAGUCAAGAGUCCAUCUACUUACGUCGAAUGAGAAAUUAUACACAAACAUUUUUUCCCUCGAGAUCCACAGUCUUCGUUUUAGACUUCCUUGAGAAUCUGGACAAUUCUGAAGUCUAUCUACAACUGAAACUAGGAGCAUUCAUCGUGUCUUGUUAAUUAAAGGCGACGAUAAUUCUUUUUUAAAAGCAUCCCACAAUAAGGACAGAAAUGAAAAUGGAAUUGCUUGAGAUGGUUGAAACAAGAAGGACAAAAUGCGCCAUUCUUCUCUACCUCCAUGCUUUCACUAAUGCUGGAAAAGGACACCGUACUUYUUUCCGGACAAUGGAAAGACAGUAUUUGGCCCACCGAGGCUUGGCGUUCAUUCUCCUCUGCGCUGUUGAGAAUUUCCUUCAAGGUGACAGCUGUUAUUGUUGUCUUCGCGGCUAUGGAUUGCGCUUUCUCUGUCUCAGCCCAACAUACUUCGUCGACGAUGAUCCUUGCUUCGCAGUUAUCGCCACAGUCAUUCCCUUGAUUUUCCUUAUUCGUGAAAACUAGGUUGACCACAGAAUUAAUGUCGCCUUCUUGGGUCAACAACGCUGCAAGGGUCGACCUCGGUACAUCUGGUAAGAUGUUGCUAAGUUGCUCAAUCUGAGGGCCAAAUCCAGUUCUUUUAGUGCCCACCGGUUGAUUUGGCAUAACUUGUACACUUUCUUUAGAUUGUGCAGCUUCUAUCGGUUGCAUCUGACGCAACUGGAUUGCAGUUUUCAUCACUUGAGAGAGACAACUCUGGUGCAGUACUGGAAAUAUCUCGAGAAUACUGGUUGACCUUGGAGUAUAGCUCUCGGUGCUUUUGUAACUGUUUCUUCUUUUGCUCUGUGGUUAGCCAACAAGCAAAACAAAACAUUUUUAGGAUGGCUUUUGCAUUGCUUAUCAAAUGUAUAAAUAUAGAACCUACCGUUCCUUUUCUCUGCGACAGUGAGAUUUUUACUGGUCUUUUGGCCUGCAAGCUCGACAUUUGCAAUAUCAAGGACAUCACUUGGUUUUGAGCACGAUGGAAAGGCUACUGGAGCUACGUCACCUUGUAGUUUCCGGACUUUUGUGUGGCUUGCACACUUGUCACAAGCACACUCUAACUUAUUCGAAUUUAAUAUUUCGUUUUAGCAAUUCAUUGCAAUGCAACCAAAUCUUCCUUGCUAAAAGAAUGAUAUCGAAACUGAACAACCCUGUCUAUUUACCAAAUAUUAUACACAAACGAUGAUAGGCAAAUGCCAUCAACUAAAUUAAUUAUUAAUUGAUUAAUAAGGUUUACGACCCCAGAUAGGAGUUGAUUUCUUGCCAAUGGCGCCCAUACGAGAAACAAAAGUUUGAAAAUUUAAAAGCCCCAGGGUCCAGUUCAGUACGAAGGGUGAAAAGCGCUAUCCGACGGACAAAUCCUACCCAGUGGAUAAAUUUAUUGGAUAGCAGCAUCGACGUAUUUACUGUACCACGAUUUAUCCUUUGGAUAGCGCUAUCCACCCUUCGUACAAACGGGCCUAGAAGAAUAGUCGAUUUAUGAAUUUGUAAACUAUUUUGUCAUCAAGCUACUUUUGUAAAAGGAUCCUUGUUCUGGCGGGUUUCGAACCCGUAUAGUUUGCUGACAAACAAAUAUUUACAUUUUUUAUGUCGAGGUUCUCUUUGAUUUCCAGUUGAAGCCAACGUCAGAUUACUAAAUGGCGUCAAAACCAACGCAUUGUAUUUUGGGAUCCUACAAGUCUACCACAACAAUGAGUGGGGAACAGUAUGUGACGAUGGAUGGAUUAUAAACAACACCAAAGUAGUCUGUAGAGAACUUGGUUACCAACAAGGAAUAGCUAAGCAUGUAGGGGAAGGAUCGGGGAAAACAUGGCUGGAAGAUGUAUUAUGCACAGGGAAUGAGAACUCAGUACUCAGUUGUAGACAUGGUGGAUGGGGAUUGGAAGACUGUGAUCAUUCAGAAGAUAUCGGUAUGGUGUGUUACUCAGAUAAGUUACCAAAUCUGGCUUUCAGAUGGGCGAAUAACGCAUUUGCUUAUGCUGGACGACUUGGACGACUAGAAGUGCGUUACCAUGGCACCUGGGGAGCGUUAUGCGCGGACAACAUCGAUCUUGAAGACGCUCACGUGGUUUGCAGGAUGAUGGGCUAUAGCCAGGCUCUUGGAGUUUUUAAGAUGCCAAUGAGCUUCAGUGUAAUUAAGUUCUCGUUAAUUCUUAGUUGUAAUGGUAAUGAGAAUUCGACCAAGAAAUGCAGCACGGCAGUACUCAACAAAAUAAACUCAUGCAAUACCAACAUGGAGUCGUGGAUUUCUUGCAAAUCAUCAUCAGAAAAUUCAGUUGAUGCUGACGUAGCCGUUCGCCUGGUAAAUGGUACUGCCCCUAACGAAGGCCGAGUAGAGGUUCGAUACUAUGGAAUCUGGGGCACAAUAUGUGAUGAUGGUUGGGACCUAGCAGAUGCUCACGUGGUCUGUCGUAUGCUGAACUACAGCAAAGCAUCAUGGACAGGACCUGCUAAGGUUAAAGGAAGUGGUCUUAUUCUACUGUAUGAUGUAGAGUGUCGAGGCAAUGAAAAUACUUUGGGAGACUGCCGUAAGCCGGGUUGGGGUCAACACAAUUGUGACCACAAGGAAUCGUCCGUGACUGCCCGGCUCGUUGAAAGGAUAGAAAAACACGUUGGUUUCGUAGAAGUGAGAUACAACGGGACCUGGAUACCAAUCUGUGAUGAUACCUUGGAUAUAUCAGAUGCCUACGUGGUCUGUAGAAUGCUUGGUUACAAAGGAGCCCAAGCACCAAUACGACAGUAUCGUCAAGGAGUAAAUGGAUUAUGGAUGGGUGGUGUGGAAUGUAGUGGCGAUGAAGUAUCAAUUAGCCACUGUUAUCAUCGCGGGUGGACAAACGCUCGAUGCCGUGGGAACUACUAUGCUGGUGUCAUGUGUAAAGUGACAAAAGAUCUUCCACCGAUACAAAUUCGUUUGGAAGAAAGACCAAAACCAGACUCUGGUCGUGUUGCAGUUCGCUAUGGUAAUAUAUGGGGGUCAAUAUGUGCAAGAGGACUAGAGAUGAAAGAUGCUCUGGUGAUAUGUCGUAUGUUCGGUUAUCCCGGAAUAAUUUCUUGGUACAUUUCUCAAUCUGUAAAUGGUACUAUCUGGUUGAGUAACCUGGAGUGUAAUGGAACAGAGAAGUCAAUAGCUGACUGUCGUCAUCGAGGUUGGGGACAAACUACGCCAUGCACUCAUGACAGCGAUAUUGGUGUUAACUGUAAGAAAGCUGAUGCUCCCCGGUUCCAAAUCAAUGGAACCAACGCCAUCACGAAAUCAACGGUGGAGAUCUUGUUGAACAAUUCACUGACAAUUGACCUUGGGCUUCAAAGUUUGUAUCAAGUGGCAGUGGAAAAAAGAAAUAUUGAACAACGUUUGAAAUCCUAUGAACAACCACCACCCUUUGUCUACAAUGAAGUCAACGUUACUAUGGCAACACAGAUGGGUAAUGAUAGCUACAUCACGGCAGAAAUCAUAUCUCCUAUCAAGAACCUAACGAUUGGUGACGGUCAGUAUUACCAUGGUUACUACAAUGCACCGUUAGAAGCCGGAUCAAUGUAUAGAGUACAUAUAAGGAUCGUUACCAUGGCAAUGGAAGGGGAACAAGAAAGAGUUAACGGCCACUCAAACUUCGUAGCAUUCACAACUAAAAGCAAAACGACGGCUUCUGUGAAAGAUGUGACAGACCAGGAGACUAAGAAAAAUACUUACAGCUACGCUGUAUUAGGAUUAUCAGUGAUCUUAAUGCUGUUGGUUUGUGUUAUUGUUGGGCUUAUCGCUUACUGUACAAUAAAAUUAAAGAAUACAAGGAAAAAAUACAAGUCUGCCAAAGCAGCAGAGUUGACAGAGUUUACGAACCCUGAAGAGCCAAAUGAUCAACCUGAUUUUUAUUGCAAACCUCUUGAUCGAAAAUACGAAUCAACCGAAGAAAAUGAAUGUUGUGAUUAUGAAAAUGUUACUGGACUUUGGAUGCAGCGUUAUCAAGUGCCAAAGCCUGUCUUAACGGAUGAAGAAAAGGAUACAGACGACGAGGAUUAUGAAAACAUUUGAUUACAAAAAAUCUCUAUUUUUCAGGUCUUUUUCACAGCGUUUGCUUAGAUCGCUCAUUCACUGUGAUGAUCAACACAUCUAUCAUUAUUUCACCACAGUUCUAUCCAUUCAAUAUUCAAAUGCUAUAUAGCUCCCAGAGUGUUUUCAUCACAAUACAGAGAAAUAAGCAUCUGUUUUAUAUUGCUCAUCUUAUAAAACAUUUUUACCAAUUU